AUGGCGUCUCUCCUUCGCGUGCCCAUCCGACGCAAUCCUCACUACAAACGGAAUGGCCUCAAGUCCUAUGUCUACCUUCUGAACAAGUACCGCAUCACUCCCACCAUCACAGGUCCUUACUCUGCUGUCAAAGGCAAGAAGCUGCUCGUCAAGCAGAACGCCGAUGGCACCCAAGGGGAAGUCACGGCGACUGAUCAACAGAAUGAUUCCCUGUACACCUGUCCUGUCAAGAUUGGUACACCAGCUCAGACACUUAACUUGGACUUCGACUCAGGAUCUUCCGACCUCUGGUGCUGGUCCACGGAGCUGCCACAGAGCACACUGUCUGCAGGCAAAGGCCAUGCAAUCUUUGACCCCUCCAAGUCAUCCACCUUCAAGACCUCUCAAGGCUCCACCUGGCAAAUUCAAUAUGGUGAUCAGUCAUCCGCAAGUGGCAGUGUUGGAACGGACAACGUUGAAAUUGGUAAUAUCACUGUCGAGAACCAAGCCAUUGAGCUCGCCACCAAGCUGUCGUCUCAGUUCACCCAGGAUGCUACCUCUGAUGGCCUGCUUGGUCUCGCUUUCGGCUCCAUCAACACUGUGCAGCCUUCCCCAGUCCAGACACCUGUUGAAAAUAUGAUUGCUCAAGAAGAUAUCCCUCAGAACGCUGAGUUGUUUACCUGCUAUCUGGGUUCCAUCAAGGACCAAAACGAGGACUCAUUCUACACUUUCGGCCAGAUUGAUCAAUCGGUCAUUCCAUCCGGAUCUGAUAUUGGCUACACGCCUAUCGACAACUCUCAGGGCUUCUGGAUGUUCGAUUCGGCUUCCGCUCAAGUCAAUGGCAAGACCAUUCAGCUCGCCGGCAACAAGGCAAUUGCUGACACAGGCACCACCCUCCUCCUCACCUCUGAUGAAGUGUGCGAGGCAGUCUACAGUGCCAUUCCUGGUGCCAAACAGGACAGCAGUCAGCAAGGCUGGGUGUUCCCUGCAAACACUUCCGAAAGCGAUCUCCCAACUGUCACGUUCAUGGUGGGCGAUACUCCCAUUACCAUUGAGAAACAACACCUCGGUUUUGCUGGGGUCUCUGACGGCAAUAUGGUGUACGGUGGUAUUCAAUCGCGCGGCGACCAGAACUUUGACAUCUUUGGGGAUACCUUCUUACAGAACGUCUAUGCGGUCUUCGAUGUCGGCAACACAAGAUUCGGUGUGGUGCAACGUGCCGUCUCGACAUCCACCUCUGCAUCAAACCAACCCAAGGCGGAGUUGUGA